UGUUCCUCGAGAUCCUCCAGCUCUGUCGACAUGUCUCUCUGAAAACUGUUGCGGAGGAAGGAGAGCUCGAAGAGAAAGUUGUCCGUUCGAGGUUGACAGGUUGACACGGAUCUUGUGCGACAGAUUUCAGUUCGAAGGCGAGUUCCGGGCGAAGUUUUAUCCAGUUCUACAACGCUCGACGGCUGGACCAUUCAUUAGCACUACCACUUCCCUGUCGGUGCAACUGAUCAUACAACAUUUCCCACAUACAAUGGCUGAGUUAGAGAGGAUCAGAAAGGAACUGGCUCAGGCCGAGAGGAAGUUGGAGCUGAUGAAGCAACAGCAGCAGCAGCGUCAGCGCCCUCAGCCUCUGCCAGCCACGCGAACUCACGGCCAGUCGACUCCAUCAAGUCACACGGUGAUCACGCCCAUGAGCCAGUAUCCCGCACCAGUGCGAGUCAUGACGCCGACAGCCACAGGCACAAUGCAGCACAUCCCAAUCAGCCCCAAAGAGCAGCAGCAUUACAUGCGCUUCGGCAAUGGCACCGAUCCGCUCCUCGCAGCACGGGCGAUCGCAAUGGCAAAUCCGCCAAUGCGCUUGCCCUCAACGCCGUGCUCACCAUGUACGCCUGACCAAUCACGUACAGCUAUGAUGAUAACGAGACAGAGUCCCCUCGGCCGAUGCCAGCAGCAGCAACAGCCGCCACAGCAACGGCAGAAAUCACAAUCAGCAAGCAAGCCGGAGCCAUAUGUCGUUCAGCAGCUCUCUCGACGUGUUCAACAGCGUGCAACACAGAUAAAGCAGCUCCAAGAUGAACUCGGCCCAUUCUUGCGUAACGUGAAGCCAACAAUUCCGCCACAGUACAGCUGGUCUGCCAUACCGGUGGAUCAUUCUUCUCGACUUGGUGCGCUCAUAGGGCUGGAGGAUACCGUACAGCAUGUCAUGGCUGCCAGCGAUCCGGCACUUCAAGAGGCCUAUGAUCGACGCUGGGAGCAACUAGCUUCCAGCAACAAGCCGGUUUGUCAGCACUGCCACUGCGAUCACGCCACGUUCUGGCGAGCGUUCCUCGAUGAGAAUGGCCAGCAGGUGAUUGUGUGUGAGAACUGCGACUGGCAAAGAGUUCAGCAACCGUUCAUGCAGCAGUAUCACAAGCUUGUCAGCAGUGCCACCACCAAGGCCGAGCAGCGCCGGCAGGAGAUCCUGCAGCUCUGCCGUGUUCAGCAGCAAGAGGAACACAUGCUGCGCGAUGCCCACAUGCAGCAGUGACCGUGUAACUAACCUUGCUCUGGUGGCCCACCACUAGUGCUUGUUCUCCGUAUGUCUCCCCUGCUACCUACACUUAGUUCUGUUUCCCCUGCCAAACACUAGACUCCCUAACACUCCUUUUUUUCUUUUUUUUUACCAUUCUUAGUUGUGCCUUCUUUUAAUCUUCGCCAAUUCUUUUUCAUCAGCUUUCAAGACCUAUGAUUUAUAGUCAUUGUGUCCUAUUGGGAUGUACAUGUACACAAAUUGUAGCCACAACUGUUGACUUUUCAUCCAUUUCUAUGGUACAUUGCCAAUAACAUCUCUUCCUAUUUUUGCAAGUUGUUUUUAAAGGUAACUCUUUUCUACCCAAAUUGCUUUCUGCAGUUCCUGCUUGCUUUUGCCUUGCUCUACAAUGAACGACAGCGAAGAAAGUGCGCCGUGGUGUGUGUGUGUGUGUGUGUGUGUGUGUGUGUGUGUGUGUGUGUGUGUGUGUGUGUGUGUGUGUGUUCAGCCUUGCAA